GACGGCGAGUGAAGAUGAGGAGUUUGGAGGUAACGUAGGGGGGAGGUUGAAUUAAUUUGAUGAAAAAAUAUGAAGAGGUGUAAGGCAGCGGAAAACUCUCCCAGAAAAUGUUUCUGUCACUGCAGAUUUAUUUUCUGCAGUUUUGCAGGAAUUUUUUAAUUACAUAGUUUUUUUUUCUGUAAAUAUCCUAAAAAGAAUCAAUUUUUCAGUGAAUUAUUUGGUCACGACGGUUAAAAAAUUUUAACCAUGGGUUAUAAACAACGAGUGUAUAAUAUCUAAGAAUCCCGUGAAAAAAUGAACAAUGUCAUUGAUAAAUUUAAUUAUUGAAAACGACUGAAUUUAGUCUAUUCAGUAGAAAACAGUAAAAGAUACUUUAUCGGCUCAAUAUGUGAAUGAAAUACGUUUGCACAUGAAUGAUAAUAACUUCAGAAAAAAAAACAAUUCUAAAAAUUUAUACUGACGCAGACGUUUCGCUUGCCCUUUUAGGGUGGUAGAAGGUCAUCGCUUUAUCAAAAUUCUUCGACAAAUCUGUGUUCAAAAUUGUUCAUAUUUUUCACCCUAAAGAUACGUUGAUCUUCAUUGUCGUCUCAUACCGAUUAAUGUCCUUUGAUUUCUGAAUAUAUCGAUAGUGUUCAGCACACAGAGUUGAUAAACCCUCUCGCAGUACAAUUUAUUCAAGAAUGAAAAUAUUUCCGAUAUGAGAAAUUGAAGAAGAUGAAUGUCAAAUAACGAUAGAUCGCAAGUAUUAACCAUGGAAAAUAGCUAUCGCGUCGUCGGGUACGAGCAAGUCAGAGGGGCACGUGUCACCCCAACUGGCCAAUCUGCUUUCAUCAGGGGCGGAGUUCUCACCCGCAAAACCGCUGCGCGGGUUUUGCGGCCAACUGGCGCGCAACGGUGGGGUUGAAAAUUCUCUAUAUCGCGAAUAUCACCUACCCCUGUUCCUGCUUCCACUACCGGCGUUCAAAUCACAAACGUCAAAGUAUUGCGACGAUUCUCACCACUUUGCCGAGCUUUAAAAAAAAAUCGGUCCAACGAUUCAAAAGCUAAAAACCACGUGAAUAAUUUGUAAUAUAAAAAAACAUUCUCUUUUGAAAAAAUCUACAAUCAAAGUUCUCAAACAUAGUGAUGUAAUUGCCAAGAAAAAAUUUAAUUAAAUUUAAUUUAACCUUCAACUGCUUAAAUAGAUAUCAAAAUUCCUCAAAUUCCCCUAAAACAAGACAUUCGCACUGAUGAAACUAAAAUUUUCCGAACGUAGUGGAAUCAUCGCAGGAAAAUAGAAAAUGAUGUGAUUGUAAAUUUGAAAUUAAGUCAAUGAAGUAUUGAUCAGCAAACUAUUAGAAAAAUCCUAGGGAAAGCGCAUUUACGAAUUUAAAAUCUCUCAAAGAUAACACAAUCAUUAUUAAUAAAUCCCCAAUUAUGUGAUUUUUUAAUUGAAAUAAUUUCAUUAAAACAGUGGAAAGAAAUGUUUGACUGCUAACCAAAAUCUCCAACGCGAUUAAAAACCCUAAAAAUGUACAGUUUAUACAGAGCUUGGUUCGGUGAAGAGAGUUAUCCUCGACUGGAGAGCCUGUCACCCCCAGAUACAGUGGUGCGAGUGGGAAACGAGGGUGAGCACCAAUUUGUGGCGCACCGAGGUGUUCUCGCAGCGCACAGUGGUUACCUAAAAGCCCUUCUCGCUACAACCGGAAGUACCUCUUCCAGUCGCGAGGGUCCAGGAAAUGUGACAUCAGUGUCAGUCUCAUCAAUUGGUGGUGAAGCAUUCGCCCCACUCCUGAACUAUAUGUACACCGGUCGUCUUGAGGUAACCCUGGAGAACAUCUACAGUGUCCUAUUAGCCACCCACUUGCUACACAUGCCGGGUGCCCUUGAGCAAUGCCGUGCGGCUCUCCUGAGACUCCGUGGUCCUCCACCACCCCCUCCCCACUUACCCCCAGCUCACACAAAUACAACUGUUCUCAGACCAGUGCCCAGCAGACUCGUGGGACCACCAAUUUGUUGGCCUCAAUCAGGACUCUACUCACCAACCGUCGGACUCACUCAUUUGCCUAAUCUUCAGUUACCACCUGGAUUACCAGUUUUACAAGCACCAAAUAUCAUUCAUGAAACAGCAACCUCUGCUACUGUAUGCAGAAGGAUUUCUCCAUCACCGCGACCGCCAACACCCCAACCACUGAAGCAUCCUAAGAAGUCUCACGCCCGGACGAAAAGUCCAUCAGCAAAGAAAGAAAAGCGAGAGCAGGUGAAAGCAACUGAAUCUGAAAAGGAAACUCCCGAGAAGCCCCAAAAUCAAUCACCAAACGUCUGUCACCAUCCUCCAGAGUUUGACGAGAGGACGUCAGUCCCCUCAGUUGAGUCCUUGUCCCAGAGACCCAGUGGAAGAAUUUCAGGACUGAGCACCGAUCAGGGCUCAACCAGCGCCACAGGGGUCGUCCUGGACAUUGCCUGCUGCGAUGGACCAGUGAAGUUUCACCGAGUACUCAAUGAGAACUACACAACUCCAGUGGGUGAUCUAACCACCUACCCCCCAGCCCCCCGAGACCACCCGGAGAGGCCUGAAUCAGUCAGUGAGAAUGAUGAGAAUGGAAGGCCAGAUCGAAGUUCUGAUUCUAUCGGUGAAUCGAGUGGGCACGGUUGUUACACCUGUGAAUACUGUCAACACACCUUCAAAUCCCACUAUUGCUACAAAAAGCACGCAAGAAGACACCUAUUGCCAACUGAAAACGAGACUAAUGCGAGGACAGAUGGUAAACGAAGAGAAGUUCGUUUAUUGGAUCUCAAUGUGCAGUAUUAUCCGUGUAAAAUAUGUGGAAGUAAAUUUCCGAGUUACUAUUUCGUUCACAAACACAAAAAAAUGUGCCAUCCAAACGAAGUGGAGCGCAACUCGGAGGGAGAAAAUAGCCAGAGUAUUCCAGCAACUAGCAACUUGGCUAAAACGUAAAUUGCAAUGUAAUUUAGUUGAAUUAUUAAUCGAAGAUUUUAAGAUUCGAUGGUAGAGGAGAAAAUACAACGUAGAAGAAAUCAAAUUCUGAUGAACUGUAUCUCGAUGAGAAAUUUUAGAGCUUCAUUGCUGAUUAAUCUGUACAGAUUAUUGAAGAAUAAAAUAUUAUAGUAACAAAAUGUCUUGUCGUUAGUUAAGAACUUAAAUUGUCACUCAUGAAUUGAUGAAUAAAUUGAUUUGAAUCGAGGCCAAACAUCAUUUGUCGAAUUGCAUUGAAUAUACAUUUAAUCAACGAUUAAUUCGUUUGGUAAUUUUUUGUGUCUUCAUUGUUUCAAUAUUAAAAAAUGGAUAACAUAUCGCAACUACCUCCUCCAUAUUCG